AUGGACCCGGCUGUCUGGGCUAAAGACCAGGGCUGCGCCUAUCUGACGAAAAUCAACGGCCCCGUUAUACGCAUCAAUCCCGAGGAGCUGCAUUUCAACGAUAUAGCAUUCGUCGACGAGAUAUACGCAUCUGGGGGCCGCAAGAGAGACAAGCAAACCCACUACCUGAAUUUCGUGGCCGGGCCUAUCAGUCUGGCCGCUUUUAGUGCACGCGAACACAAUCUUCAUCGACUCCGACGUGGGGCCCUGAACAAGUUCUUCUCGCGCACGCAGAUAGCGAAGCUGGAACCUACGAUCAGGCUCCUGGUGGAACAGUUAUGCGAUAAGAUGAUCCGGCUGGGGGCUCAGCCGGUCGAUUUGAACGUGGCAUACAGCUGCUUCUCCGCAGAUGUUGUCUCGGGGAUUUGCUUUGGUGAGGCCUUUGGAUUUGUAACACAGGAAUCAUGGGAACCGAAUUUCAAAAUCGCACUUCAAGCAUUGCUGGGCCCUAUGUAUAUUUUUCGGUUCCUUUCCCCCGUCAGGUAUCUCGCCAAUGCGGCUCCAGCGAUUGGCAAAUGGUUCGGCAAAGACAUUCGCCUGAUGCUCGAACAAUCCAACCAGUUACUGCCCGCGCGGAUCAUCAAGGCGCGCGAGGACUACAGCUCCGGCUCAAAGACCGACCAACCGAGCUUGUUUGCAGCUCUGAUCGAUUCUUCACUGCCGGAGGAAGAAAAGACCGUCCACCGUCUAUCGGGCGAAGGGUUCUCUAUGACGGCAGCUGGGACUGAGACAACUGCGUGGACACUGAGUGUGAUAACGUUCCAUCUGCUCAACCGACCACAAGUCCUAGCCCGCCUCACGACGGAACUGGAAGAGGCGAAUGCUCUCAGUCUGUCGUGGUUUGAGUUGGAAAAGCUGGGCUAUCUGAAUGCGGUUAUCAUGGAGGGACUUCGUCACUCCUAUGGUGUCGCGCCGCGAAGCCCUCGCAUUGCCCCGGACGAGACCCUGACUUAUCGGGGACAAUUCAAAGGCCACAAUAUAGUGUAUACCAUCCCCCCUGGCACACCAAUGGGAAUGUCAUCGGCGAUAACAAACCAUAAUGAAGACGUGUUUCCCGAGCCGUAUGAAUUCAUUCCAGAACGGUGGCUUGGUCUCAGACGAGAGCAAGCGGCGCAAAUUGGAAAACCACAUGACUUCUUUCUCGAAGGGCAGUCGUCAGUGCGUUGGAAUGAACCUUGCAUACUGCAAUCUUUACCUGGCAACAUCCAUACUGACCCUACGGGUGAUACCGCGGAUGAGGUUAUUGCCUUCAUGAAAAUCCUCGACAUCUCAGCUGCAUUCGCCCCGGCGAACAAGGUCAACGGCAUGCACUGCGUCUACAUAUCAAGUAGCCGUUCUAAGUACUUUGAGAGCCAUGCCAAAAAGUUUUCUCUCAAAUUAGCCCAGACCGCGCUAGGCAGACUGCGCAUUCUAUCAUCCACGACCGGUGGAUCAGAUACGAACGCAGUGAUCAGAUGGGCCAUCCUGGACAGAGGAAAAUCUCUUACAAGGACGGAGAUCGAGCGACGCAAGAACGUCGGAGAGAGUGGCCGGAGUGAACAGGCCGAGAAGGAAAGCCCGAGUCAGCGAAGCUCUGGCAAAGGUAGCCUCGGAGCAUGGAAAUCGAGUCUUUGCGGUCGCAUUCAGAGACUCAGUCCGAACCUUAGCGACGCCCAGGUCGAGUAUCUUGGAACUAUGAGCUCCUUUGAUGUUAGAUUUCUGCAUAGUCUCAUCCCGGCAGACCCUAGAAUUACUAGGGUGCACUCGCUUAUGACAUUUGUGCUGCACAUGAAAGCGGGACAUGUUGCUCUUGGAAGAAAAAAAGAAGAAAAAAAGACCUCAGGAGGCGUUGCCCUAUUAUGCAACGAUGCGGUCAUUGCCACUACCCCAUGA